UCCCUAAUUAGCUGUCUUGUUUUAUAACCUUAUAUAGUCUUAGCUAUUAACAGCCUUGGCUCAAGACUCUUCCGGAGAUCUAAGCAAAUUAGCUUUUACAUUCAUAGGACCAUGCGGGGACCAGUGCGUUGGGUUUUAUGGGAUGUAAAGGACACGCUACUGAAGGUGCGUUGCUCCGUGGGAGAGCAGUACUGUAACGAGGCCAAGCGUGUUGGACUGAAGUUACCAGCCAUGCAGAUAGAGACUGCAUUCAGGGAAGCUUACCACCAACAUUCUCAUCUCUACCCUAAAUAUGGUGUUGCUCAGGGCAUGAAUAGCCAGCUGUGGUGGACAGGAUUGGUGAAGAACACCUUCUCCCAGUGCGGGGUGCAGGACCCUGCAUUGCUGGACAAACUUGCCAAUAAUCUUUAUCAUAACUUUUCUGGUCCAGAGAACUGGGAGGUGUUCCCAGACUCAAAUUCCACCCUAAAAUCUUGCACGGCUCUGGGAAUGAAGCAGGGGGUGGUAUCCAAUUUCGACAGGCGCCUAGAAGCAAUCCUUCAAGGAUGUGGCCUCCGAACCCAUUUCUCAUUUCUGCUGACUUCAGAAGAGGCUGCUGUGGCCAAACCAGACCCAGACAUUUUUGCCCAAGCCCUGAAAAAGGCAGGAGUGCCAGCCAAACACAUAGCCCAUGUUGGGGACCAUUACAUAAAUGACUAUCUCACCUCUCGAUCAUUAGGUAUACGAGGUUAUCUUCUAGAUAGGCAUGGACUCCAGAAACACCUAGAUGUUCCCCCAGAGCAUCGAUUACAGAGCCUAGAUGAGCUACCAGCCCGACUCUUACAGGAAACUGACUAAAAUACAGCUGAAAUGUGUUCAACUGAUGUUAAAUACCAUUUUUGAAGAGGUCUUCUGAUCAAUUAUUUGUGUAGGUAUGCAUUCAGUAACACACCAUUUGCAUACUUCUUACUCUACUUGGGUGGAAUCUUGUAUAAAGGCAAAUUUUUAAUGAUUAGAAAUAAAUGUUUAUCCAAGAA